ACAGUAGAGCAAGUGUAUGAGACUCUACUCACAAGGGAACAAUCAUCUGCAGAACAAGAAAUCAAAAAACUAGACAGAUCAGCAGAGCUGAAGAUGCUUACUGAUCAAUUGCUGAAGAUUUCUGAAGUGAAUAAGUUGUCUACACUAGAUAAUUCUCUGAAUUCUAUAAAAGCUAAAGAUAAGAUUGAUGAAGAGAUGAAUGCAGAAGAAGAAGCAGACAAGCAUCUGAAUACUGUAGAACUGUAUACACUGAUAUAUAAAGAGUAUCUGAGAUGGAAAAGAGAAGUGGCAGUGAAAGUGUUAUUGAAUAUGAGUGCUUCAAUGAAGAAUCUAAAUGAGUAA